GUGGGAGGCAGGCAAUUGGAGCCAGUAGCCAGUUUCCAUAUGAAAAUGUAAGUAAGUUUUCCUGUGCCAUGACAUCAAGACCAGUAUUUCUGGAUCUUUUCGUCUUUUUUCACAGGACACAAUGCUGCAGCAUCCUUCUGGUUGUGUAACAAUCAUAUCUGUUCAUGGAAGAGAAUGGGGCCGGUUUGGUACCCUCCACACAAUUAUCUUUUGUUCUUUGGAGCCUAUCUGCUGGCUGGUACAGGUUAUCAAUUUUUUGUCCAUGGAGUUCAUGGGAUAGAUGUAUGUUUCUCUCUGAAGUUGCCUUCCUAGUUGUUUACUUUUAAUCCCUCCAAUUAUGUGUUCCUCAUAGAGAAGUUCUGUUUUACUUCACAUCAUAUUUCCUUCCUUUACAGUUUUAUUUAUAGACUAUGAAUGCAGGAUAGUCUCAGAACAUGAGGAAAUAUAGCAUCAUCAUCUGAACUGCUGGUAAAAUCAAUGGCUCAUAAUUUAUAGCUUGUACUCUUAUUUGGUACAGAGGUUUAGAGGAGCUUCUGAAGCUUACAGAAGUUCCUAUUCCACAGUCACCUUCUGAGAAAUUGCAACUUUUUUCCCCUCUGAGUAUUGCAUUCUGAGAUAUCUUGGCUCUAAUCGCUUGUCAUAUACAAACAAGACAAAUGGUUUACAGUUGAGGAGAGUGACCUAUGAAUCAGAUUCUUAGAAUCCUCUGCAGAAUUACUACUCUUGUCUGUCAUAUAAAUCCCCCCUUGUCAUCUUCUUUUUUUCUUAGUUAUCUUCUUUUGUUAAUCUGAGGUUAAAAUGACUUUCUUUGGAUCAUCUAUAUGCUUCUUUGUUUACCUUAAACAUAAAUGAGUCAUAUAUGGGGAAGGUAUGGCUUUUCUGUUAGAAAACUGCAAUUUUACCUUUGCAGGUGAGAAAGUUGCUUUGAUGAUCCCUGUUCAUGCUGCAACAUCUUUGGAGCAGAAGCAACGAGGAAAGAGGGGUUUUUUUAUUUUUAUUUUUGUAAACAAAAACACAGCUUUUUGUUUAAUUGGUAAUCAUCUAAAAACACCUAGGGGCCUUUUUUCAUUCUAUAACUUAAGUAUAGAUGUUGGACAAUGAUAUGCCAUCUUGGAAAGACAACUUAACUUAGAAGUCAAGGGAAAUUAUAGCAAUGAUGCUGUGGUAGUGGACUAGCGUAGUGCUGCCUACAGGCAGGUCCUCAUCACUUUCUUCUCCAAAAAGUGUUUUAGAUAGAAGUAACUAUCUGAAGCAAAGCAAAACUGGGGGUGGUCUUCAUCUUCAUGUUCCAUGGAACAUCAAUACAUCUUGGGUUGCAAU